UAGAGAACACAGUCGCGGUUUGCCUGCCCACACACACACACUAAACUCCCUCGUCUGCCCCCCCCCCUCUCUCUGUCUACCAAGUACACAAACUUUCACACACUUCGCAACUCUUCCAUGGGAGAAUGUACUCAUCGACAACGAGGAGAACUCUGAACUAACAGGAAGAACGGAUGUCUUCUGUAGGAUUAACAAUGUUGGGAAAGAAACCUUUAUCAGUUGUCCUGAUAGCAGUAGCUGUGGGGGUAUAUCUCAUACCCUCUCCUAUUGACCCUGAACCACACACACUAGAAGGGCCCCCUCCUGCUCUUGAGGGCCCCUUCGCUGUAAAUAAACGCCUACAAAAGGGCCGCAGACUGUUCACUGGAAAACUACAUGGACCAGAGUCCUUCACUGCUGAUGAGAAUGGUAACGUGUACACAGGGACCGUAGAUGGGAAGCUGUGGAGGAUUGGCCAAGACGACAGCCUCACUCUCCUCACCCAUAUGGGCCAGGACAUCCCAGAGUGUGGCAGCAGUACUGACUACGAGCCGGUGUGUGGCCGUCCCCAUGGCGUCAGGCUGGACAGUCAGGGCCAGCUGAUUGUGGCUGACUCCUACCUGGGCCUGCACAGUGUGAACCCCCAGAAUGGACACAAGACUCUGCUGCUGCCCAACGCCCAAGGUGCUGACGGUGUCCCAUUCGCUUUCCUCAACGGUCUGGACAUCUCCUCCCAGACGGGAACCAUCUACUUCACCGACUCCUCCAGUCGCUGGGGUCGCAGACACGUCAAACUGGAGGUGAUCGAGCUGAACCGAUUGGGUCGCCUCCUGGCCUAUGAGCCGGGGUCUGGAAGCGUGCGUGUGCUGCUGGACUCUCUCUACAUGCCCAACGGCAUAGCGCUGUCUCCUGACGAGGACUUCCUGUUGCUGGCCGAAACCAGCCUUGGACGUAUUCUCAGGUACUGGCUGAAGGGGCCCAAGGCUGGCAGGAAGGAAGUGGUCAUGAGCAAUAUGAUUGGUUACCCAGACAACAUUCGCCGUAGUGACCAUGGAACCUUCCUGGUUGGCAUCACAACCACUCGGUUUCGACGGCUACUGCCUCCGUUCCUUGACAUGAUUGCCCCCUACCCGGCCGUCAAGCGCUUCCUGGCCAAGGUGGUUCCUCUGAGCUUGUACAAUAUACUGCUGCCACGCUACGGCCUGGUUCUGGAGCUGGGACCGGACGCCCAGCCGGUGGGCACUCUCCAUGACCCAGACGGCAGCCUCACCUGGGCCGUCAGCGACGCGUUCCAGCACCGCGGGAGGGUCUACUUGGGGAGCACCGACUUGCCUUUCCUGCCUGUCCUGGAGGAGUGGAGCUAGCCUAGCCUAGCCUCUGGGCAGCAGGGAGAAGUUGACCCGGAAUGUAUGGUUGGGGAUCAAAUGUCAUAACCCUGAAUGGUGGGAGGGUUUUCUGGAUCUUGGAUCACUUGAGGAACUUUAUUAGAAGGUCGAGACGAGGGACUUUCAGUGAUUCAGGAAAUCAUUUAGUCAGAGCCUCUUGCACUGUUAGGGUAAAGGAUAAGCACAUCUGAUUUUUAUUCUGUGACAUGGAGGAUUUUUACACUGUGACAUGUGUCAGCGCGUCGGCAUGGUGUAGCUGAUGUUUUAACCGUGGAUUCAAUUACAGAUACUCAUCUUUUCCCACACUGUUCCUGCUGUUAGGGGUGGACAUACCAGCAAUUUUACCGGAGGAAUGCCUCUUAUCUGAUCAUGUCAUACUUUGGACUUUUAUAACACUGGUGCCUCUUCUUUGACACAAUGAAAUGCUUGGAGUUGAAUUUGGAUGAAGUAGCAUGUUUUUACAUUAAAUAACAUUCAGCCUGCUUUUCUAAGCAGGCUGGUGAAUUAGUCCAUUGUUUUCCAUUGUCUUCUCUGGCUGAGACCUGGCUAAGUGUCUGAUGAUAUACCCAUUAACCAAUGGGGGCAGCAGAGUCUUAAGUGUAAUAGGUGUCAAACUGACUAUACAGUUUACUGACUUGGUCAUUAACCGACAAAUUAUUUCAUAUGCCAAUCGCAGACUAUGUUUAAUGGACAAACACAAGCCAGAAAUGCAUACUCUGUUACAAAACGACUAAUGUAAAGAAAUAAUGUGCAAAAACAUCUUUUUCACAAGUUGGAAAGUGCAUGAAUGAGCUGAAAUGGGUUUGACCAGUUCCUGUGGUUUACAGCAUAACUCUCUGUGUGUGUGUGUGUGACGAUUAUCAGUCCAGUAUUGUUCAGAACCUUGCACCUUUAAUACAGUCAGACUAGAUCUUUGAUGUAAAUAACAGAACUACCAUUCAUUUCAAACAAAUUCAACAGUCAAUCAACAAUCAAACAACAGGCAGUUCAAACAAACUCAUUUGAUGCAUGUUGAAUGAACCACAAUAGCACUGCUGGGGGAGUUAGAUGGCAAAGUUUGGGCCGCCCUAUCAUGACGAAGGUGGAGUUAGUAAUAUUCAAAGAAGAUAGUUUCCCUUUAAGGUUUCAGUCUUCCUUGAGCACUAUCAUGGUAUUUUUACUAUAAAACCAUGCAUCAGUCUCACUCUCCUUCCCUAAUAUUCCCUUGUCUAAAACAGGAAGAAUGGUUUUCCCUACAGAAUUCACAUUAAGCAGAUUAGUUGAAGGAACCAUUGAUUUGGCCCCCCUUCCCAAAAAAUGAAAGAAAAAGAAAACAAUAUAAAA